UCAAAUUAAGUCGCCGAGUCUAAUAGAUAAGAUCAAACGUUCUGAACGAUAAAAGUUCUGUUGUAACAAGUAAAUUAUUAGCAGAUAACAAGUGAAUUGGAACAAAAAGCUGAAAUGGACAGAAAUACAAAAAUUUCGAUUAUAAGUGUAUGUAUGGACAAGAAAUUAGCAAAACAAUUAUUUAAUCUUUGGGUGACAAUGUUACAAGAGAAAUUUGAUAAGACUGAAGUACAAAUGGAUACAAAUGUACAAAGUGUAGUAAAGUUAAAGGAAAAAAUAGUUUUUUUUACUGACGUAAAUACGACCGAUGCCAUUCUCAUAUUUGGUGCACAAUCAUUAAAAAAUUCCAUAAUUGAAGAAAUUGACAAAGUCAGCGGUGCAAAAACUGCAAUCGCACAAUUAUUUGCAGAUAUUCCAGUACUUCUAGAGCCCAAUUUUACGACUAAAUUCUUAUAUCACGCAUAUCAUAAAAACACAUUAAUUUUUUCUGUAUUUGGCGACGAAUCAGACAUAAUAACAGCUGCAAAAUCCGCAGAAUCAAUUGCACUUGCCACAUAUUUGCUACGAAAUAUUAUUACACGUUGUAAUAUGUCUAAUUAUUUAUCUCAGGGAAAAAACCAAAUAAUGUCGAGUAGUUGUAGCGAUCAAUCCUCUGCUCCAAAAGGAGAAGAAAAAGAAGAAAUGUCAACAUCGCCUACUUCAACAUCUGAUAAAAACAUACAAACGACAGACGAAGCUAACGCAUCUGCAUUUACGUACCAACCAAUACGCUUAAUUACUGGAGAAGAUGCAUUGCAAAUAAUAUAUGUCAUAAUAAUAAGUGCAAAAAGAAUCCCAGUACAGAUUGAAACUGUGAACAUAAAAGACGCCUUAGGUAGACGAUUACUUGAAGAUCAAACGUGCUACAGUAAUGUGCCAUCAUUUUCAGUUGCAACUAAAAACGGAUAUGCAGUAAUAGCAGAUAUAGAAAUGAGAAAAAUGAAAAGGAUAUCAAAGGAGUCAAACAAAAUCAAUUCGAUUAUACUUGAUCCUGUCACUACUAAAUGGGUAAACAGUGGAGAAUUUAUUCCUUUGGGAGCAACUGCGGUCAUACCAGAGGAUAAUGUAGCAAUUUCUACUGAUGACAAGGGAAACGAAAUUAAAACAACAUCACACGCGAUAAAAUAUGGACAAAAUAUUAAAUUUCCAGGUAGCGAUAUUGAAAAAGAAGAAGUAAUUGUCCGUUCUAAGACACGUAUUGGUUCAAUGGAAAUGGGACUUUUAAUAGCGUGUGGCUAUACAAAUGUAAACGUUCUUAAAGAAGUGACUAUUGGUGUGUUGACUAUUAGAGAUAAGUCACAAAAACCUGGAGGACCUUUAAGACCAGAACAUUCGUAUGAGAGCAAUCGAGCAAUUUUAAUCUCACUAUUAAAAGAAAAUGGUUUUAAUUCUGCGGAUUUUGAAAUUACUACUAACAGUUCGACGCUUAUAAUACAAAGCAUCACAGCAGCUCUAGAAACUGUAGAUUUACUUGUAACAACUGGUUGUUCAAAAAAUAAAGACUGUUUGAAAUACAUUUUGGUGCAUCACUUUAAAGCCACAUUUCACUUUGAAAAUGUUAACAUAAAGCCAGGAAGGUCAGUGACAUUUGCAACAUGCACGUUUAAUAACAAAACCAAGUAUAUUUUAUGUUUGCCAGGAAACCCAGUAUCUCUUUUCGUAACCGCGCAUUUAUUUCUUUUACCUCUUCUUAACUGGAUGUAUUCCAGUAUCAAAUGGAUGCACACCGUAGUGAUGGCUAGAAUAGAACAAAAAUUGCGUUUGCAUUCACGUCCACGAUACGUAUUGGCGACUUUAUUGUGGCCCAGGGAAGAUGAUGUUGCAAACUUGAUCUGCAAAGAAUAUGAGAGCAAUUCGAUCGAUAAUAAUUUAUCUAGUUUUAUGCACGCUAAUGCAAUCUUAAUACUAUCAAUGAAAACACCGGAGAGCGAUUUGUUGCAGAUUCCAUAUGUAACAGCAAUAUUAAUUAAAUUUCCUAUUUCAUAUUGAUCAAACAGAUUUCUCAAUAGUUAAUAUUAUUAAUAAGAAAAUAUUAGUGUAUAAACUUUGACAUUAGCCAAACAUUUUUUAU